AUGAAGCUUAAUAGAUUGGCUCUGGCCGGUCUGGCUUCUCUAGCCACUGCCACCAGAACAGCACCCAAAUCACUCGACACCUCAAAUCCAGACUCCAUCAGAAAUGUAGCAGGAACCCUGGCUUUCGAUGCCAUGUCCUACUACAAAGGCAACACUUCUUCAAACCCCAAAGACUUAGGUGAUCUUCAAGAUCCUUACUACUGGUGGGUAGCUGGUGCCCUUUGGGGCAUCAUGCUCGACUACUACCACCUCACUGGAGAUUACACAUACAACGAUGUCAUUAUCGAAGCACUUCUGGGUCCCACAAACCUCGGAAAGGGUCUCGACUACAUGCCUGCCGAGCAUGCUGAUGAAGAGGGCAACGACGAUCUCUUCUUCUGGGGAAAUGCUGUCCUGUCCGCCGCUGAACGAAACUUCCCCCAGCCUAACAAAGACCUUCCUUCUUGGCUUGACAUUGCCAAAAACGUCUUCAACGAGCUUGCUGGUCGCUGGGACGACAGCACGUGUGGCGGUGGUCUUCUAUGGCAAAUCUACCCAGAUAACCCCAACGGCAUGACAUACAAAAACUCGGUCAGCAACGGUGGUUUCUUCCAGCUCGCUGCCCGUCUUGGCCGAAUCACGGGUGAAUCCAAGUACCUCGACUGGGCUGUUAAGAUCUGGGACUGGUCGUGGGAUGUUGGAUUCAUAGACCACCGCAACUACCACGUCUAUGAUGGCACCGAUAUCAAAGACAACUGUCAAAAGACCGUUUAUCAUUCAUUUACUUAUACACAGGGCAUCUACCUGUACGGAGCUGCUGUUAUGGCAAACCACACUGGAAACCAAGAGUGGGUUGAUCGCAGCAAGAACUUGCUUAAGGGCACUGACUGGUUCUUCGCACCCUUUGGCAACGUCACCAACGUCAUGUAUGAAGCCGCCUGCGAGACAGUCAUGACUUGCACUGCAGACAUGACCACUUUCAAGGGUUACCUAUCACGCUUCAUGUACUUGUCCAUCCAAAUGCAACCUGGCCUGAAGGAGCACGUCCACGCUCACCUUGAGCCAACUGUCAAAGCUGCUGUCCAGACCUGCACAGGUGGUAAGACAGGUCGUGAGUGCGGUCUGCGAUGGUACGUUGAAGGAAAUGAUGGAAGCACUGGACUCGGCCAGCAAAUGUGCGCUCUCGAAGCAGUUCAGGGACUGUUGUUAGGUGACGCUCCCGCGCCGCUACAGGGCAAAGAUGUCAAGGUUAUCCGUAGCACAGACUGGGCUGCCAUGGACGUUCACGAGUCCAAGAUUAAGAGCACCCCGUCAUCGUCCUCCAAAUCCGCUGAGACGGCGUCAGCAACGGCUGAUGCAGCUCCUAAGCCUACAAAGAGUGAGGAUGCGGCCAACGGGUACCGGGCCGAUCUCGUCCUUGCAUCGUUCAGUAUUGUAACUGUCCUCACCUUCCUGGGACUGGCCUAG